AUGCAUGGCUUCUCCACGCUGUCCAUUCCGACUAGCACAAAGUAUUCUAGCCUCUCUGUCUCUCUCUCUCUCGCUCUCGCUAUAUAUGCGCACACACAGACACACCCUCACCCACCCACUUGGCCUCUUUUCUCAAGAUCGGUUUUGCACGGCUGUAUUCGCAGGCUCUUCACAACAGUUAGAGAUUCUUUGGGUUUGACAUAUGAUGUAUCUUUUGAGCUAAGCCUCUUUGAUAGGCUGGAACUUGGUUGGUAUGUGAUAUCUGUAACUUCAACUCCAAGCAAGGUUCACAGAGCAGUUGAUGCAUGCAAAAGUGUUCUUAGAGGUCUUCACAAUAACAAGAUUGCCCAAAGGGAACUUGAGCGGGCAAAGAGGACCCUGUUGAUGAGACAUGAGGCCGAAUCCAAGUCAAAUGCUUAUUGGUUAGGGUUGCUGGCUCAUUUGCAAGCUCCAUCCAUUGCAAGAAAGGGUAUUUCGUGCAUCAAGGACUUGACUUUGUUGUACGAUAUUGCUACAGUCGAGGAUAUAUACCUUGCAUAUGAACAUUUGAAAGUAGAUGAUUCUUCAUUGUUUGCUUGUGUUGGGGUUGCUGGAGCUCAGGCCAGUGAAGAUAAUUCUGAUGAUGAACCAGAUGUGGGUCAUCAGGGGAUAACUCCCAUUGGCCGGGGUCUAUCAACAAUGACACGACCCACGACUUGAACUUGAUAGCUUUCCGAUUCUUCUAACAAUUUUGAGAAAUAAUGUGUGUUUCAACCGAGGAUAUACAACUUAGAUGUGUAACGUGAAGGAGCGAGAUAUAUAAACCAGGCUAGGGAUUAACCGAGUUCCUGAAGACCAUUCUGGCAACCCAGCACACAGAUGUGGAUGAGAUAUUGAGCGUACAACAGCUCGCUUAGCCAUGCAAUUGAUAUUCUUUUUCAAUUUGAAAACUCCCAGCAUUUAUUAUUCCACACAUUAUUUGUAUAAACGAGGGAAAAUAAUGUAUUAUUGUAACCUUUUUAUUUUUUUCACAUAAUCUUUAAGAUGUUAUAGCCUGCUUGAAGCCUAGUGUGGAAACUUAAUCUCUUCGCAAUAGAAAGCAAAGAGUACGUAAUCCGCCCAA